GUGUGCACCAUUGCCUCCAACGGCAGCAGUCUUAUUACAGUGGUCGAUCCACCCACUGAUCCGACACCCUCUCCUGAUGGUGGUGGUGGUGGUGGUGGUGACAAUGAUGGUGGUGAUGCUGGUGGUGGUGGUGGUAAUAAUGGUGGUGACAAUAAUGGUGGUGGUGAUGCUGGUGGUGGUGGUAAUAAUGGUGGUGGUGAUAAUAAUGGUGGUGGUGAUAAUAAUGGUGAUGGUGGUGGUGAUAAUGUUGGUGACGACAAUGCUGGUGGUGGUGGUGGUGGUGGUGGUCAUGGUGAUGGGUGUGCCACUGCUUCCCCCAUCGCUUUGUCAGCUAUUGCCCUCAUGGUUAUCACGCCAAUGUUAUUA